UUGGCCCCACAGCUUCCUACUGCAGCAUCUGCUAGCUCCCUGCGCGGUCCUAGCAAGGCAGUACCUGGAUCGCGCAGGCGCGGCUUGCGGCUUUCCUAGAGCUAAGUAGCGAAGCCUGGCUGGCGUUGAGUAGGGCAGCAGUGCGGAACUCCUUCAGGAGAACGUGGUUACAGCCCCAGAGGGACCCUGAUAAAAGGGACCUGGAAUUCCCAGAGAUCUGCCUGCCUCUGACUCCCAAGUGCUGGGGUUAAAGGCGUGUGUAACUACAACCAGCUGACUUGCUUUAAAACAAAAGUUGUUCCAGAAGUUCUACAGACCCAUCCUCCACAGAGGAGAAUCGUCAUCCAAGACCUGCCAGAAGUCACAAGAAAAAAUGGGGAGGGUUUUCCUCACAGGAGAAAAAGCCAACUCAGUAUUAAAACGCUACCCAAGAGCCAAUGGGCUUUUUGAAGAAAUAAGACAGGGCAACAUUGAGCGUGAGUGUAAAGAAGAAGUCUGCACAUAUGAAGAAGCCAGAGAGGCUUUUGAGAAUCAUGAAAAAACUAGAGAGUUUUGGAGCACCUACACAAAAGCACAACAAGGAGAGACCAACAGAGGAAGUGACUGGUUCCAGUUUUAUCUUACUUUUCCACUAAUCUUUGGCCUCUUCAUUAUUCUCCUUAUCAUCUUCUUAAUCUGGAGAUGCUUUCUAAGAAACAAAACCCGGAGACAGAGAGUGACAGAAAGCCACCUUCCCUUCCCUCCACAUCUUAACAUUAUUACUCCACCUCCUCCAUCAGAUGAAGUCUUUGAUAGCAGUGGAUUGUCUCCAGGCUUUUUGGAAUACGUUGUUGGGCGCUCCGAUUCAGUCUCCACUCGUCUUUCCAACUGUGAUCCCCCACCAACCUAUGAGGAAGCCACUGGCCAGGUGACCCUGAGAAGGAGUGAAACAGAACCUCAUCUAGACCCACCACCAGAAUAUGAGGACAUAGUCAACUCCAGUUCAGCUAGUGCCAUUGCUAUGGGGCCUGUUGUCACCACCAUCAAAUGAAGCUGCAAACUUGAUUUUACUCUAAUCAUUUCUAAAAUACUAAUGGAAGAACUUUCUAGCACUUUACUACUACAUAAAUGUGCAUUGACUUAUUAGACUCUA